UGUAAAAUUUGCAUUUUCAGAUAAGAUGUGCUCUAAGGAUGCCCGUUGAAGAGGAGAAAGUUGGAAGCUACAAACCGCCAUCGUAUCCUUUUAAAAAUAAUCAGUUUAAACACAGCAAUAUAUCAAACGGGAAGAAAAAACCUUGGAAAACUUUGAAACAAAUUUUAGCUCAGGAGCAAACCCUUUCUUGGCCUGAAACUGCAGUAACCUACUCAUCCCUUGAUGCACCUCCAUCUUUUAAACCUUCUAAAAAGUAUUCAGAUCUUAGUGGAUUAGAAGCUGUAUAUACGGACCCCCAGACCAGAUUGAAUUAUAGCAACGCAGAAGAAUUUCAAGAAAUUAGGAGACUUCCAAGUGAUAUUGUUCAAGGUUAUCUGAGUCUGCGGAAAGCUAAUACACUUCUUCAGUAAGAUCACCCUCAUUCUGCUUUCAACAUUGAUAAGCUAAUCAAUAAUCA